CAGCGAUCCUCCUCCCCACCCAAACCCCUUCCUCCCGCUCUCGCUUUCGUCGCCAUGUCGCCCGCCGCCGCCGCCGCCGCCGCCACAGCCAAAUCCUUCGCUGCCAACUUUGCCGCCUCCACCGCCCCCUCCUCCCGGGUCCGCCCCAACCUUUCGCUCCGCGGAACCCCCGCCCCACGCCGAGCCGUCGCCUCGAUGGCCGUGUCCGCCCCAAAGUCCCCCGCCGCCGCCUCGUUCCUCGAGCGCCGCGAGUCCGAGCGCGCCAUCCACUUCGUCAAGUACCAGGGCCUCGGCAACGACUUCAUCAUGGUGGACAACAGGGAUUCGUCCGUGCCGAAGGUGACCCCCGAGGAGGCGGCAAAGCUGUGCGACAGGAACUUUGGUAUCGGUGCCGACGGCGUCAUCUUCGUCAUGCCGGGGGUCAAUGGUGCGGACUACACCAUGAGGAUCUUCAACUCCGACGGCAGCGAGCCGGAGAUGUGUGGUAAUGGAGUUCGUUGCUUUGCUCGUUUUAUAGCGGAGCUUGAAAAUCUACAGGGAACACAUAGCUUCAAAAUUCAUACUGGUGCUGGAUUAAUCAUUCCUGAAAUACAAAACGAUGGCAAGGUAAAGGUCGAUAUGGGCCAACCCAUCCUUAAUGGACCAGAUGUUCCCACAAAACUGCCAUCCACGAAGAAUGAAGCUGUUGUUCAGGCUGAAUUGGCAAUUGAUGGGUUAGUGUGGCAUGUAACAUGUGUUAGCAUGGGCAAUCCUCAUUGUGUUACCUUUGGUGCAAAAGAGUUGAAGGUUUUGCAUGUUGAUGAUCUGAAGCUUAGUGAUAUUGGGCCUAAAUUUGAGCAUCAUGAAAUGUUUCCUGCUCGGACCAACACCGAAUUUGUACAGGUCUUGUCUCGCUCACACCUCAAAAUGCGAGUUUGGGAGCGCGGUGCUGGAGCAACUCUGGCUUGUGGGACUGGUGCUUGUGCAGUUGUUGUUGCAGCUAUUCUUGAGGGCCGAGCUGAACGGAAAUGUGUAGUUGAUUUGCCUGGCGGGCCACUGGAAAUUGAGUGGAGGGAGGAUAACAAUCAUGUUUACAUGACUGGUCCUGCAGAGGCUGUCUUCUAUGGAUCAGUUGUUCACUAGGUACCGGGCCCAAGAUAGAACAGUUUGCCAUAAAUUGGAGCCUGAUAGAUUUGAUUAUAAGGUCUAUCAAAUGCUGUUCUGGUACCAGUGCCACUCCCUUUGAUGUUCUCAAUUAUGGUAUUCAGUGUUCACUACGGGUAGCACAAGAGGUUUCCUUUUGAAGCAUUCUGGGCGUUCUUAACCUUUUGUUUUCCUCCGGCCUGUCAACAUCAUGUUAGAACUAUAUGUGGAUUAGAUCUGUCCUGCCUUCUUUGGUAAUAAGUUGAGACUGCCUAUUCAUAAUUUGAAUAUUGUGUCUCGUGUCCACACAUUUAUCUUGAUCUACUGCAGAAUGGUCGGGCUUACCUGUUAUUUGUUGAGGUAGAUAUUGUCUAUUUGGGUAUUUCGAGAAACUGCUAUAUACUAGUGGACUUCUGAUUUCUGACA